AAAGACAUUCAGCUGCACGACUUUCUCAGUCUUUUAAGUAAAACAAACGAUCGAUUGCGGUAUAGGUAUUUUUUUAUUCUGGGUUGUAAAGUGUCAAAUACAGUUUCUAGAUUUUUUUUUUGGAAAAAAUGGAAUCGCCCAACGUGGGGCUCGAACCCACGACCCUGAGAUUAAGAGUCUCAUGCUCUACCGACUGAGCUAGCCGGGCGCUUCUGCAAACAAACUCGCUUGACGUCGCCUUUUUCCUGACUCAGUAUUGAGGAUGACAUAAUUUGAUCAUUUUAGCGAUGAAUUUGACGUGCAAAACCGCAUUCUUUAAUUUCUCAAACAAUACCCCCAAAUGUAUGCUAAGCUUCAAUGGGUUAUUAGCAGUGCUUCUUUUUGAUUAGCAAUAGCCUGAUUUACAGAUUGCAGAUGCAUUUCUGUUUCUAAAAAUGUAAUUCAUUCUUGAGAAAAAAUAGGACGUAUAAUGCAUUUUUCACAGAAGCUCCGACAACCUUCUGCUUGCAGGAGCCGUGCAGGAGGCUGGAAAUCGCGGCGGUGUACAUGUUGAGGAGAAACUAUGGCGAGUGUUACGUAAAGUCGGAGAAUGUCGGCUUUGUUGCGGGGGAUUGAAAAAAAAUGUGAAGAAUUUGGGUCUAGCGGUAGAUGGCAGUGCUAUUAAAACUGUGUAACCUGCGAUGUGGUUACGCAGCCAUUACACGGACAAGUGGAAGGGAAGGAGAGCAGCCCGCCUUCUGUGGGACUGAAGCCGAGGCGCAGCGACAGGGAGCCGGCAGGGUUUGGGGCGAAGACCUCGGCCCCCCAACUGGUCUGCAGACAACUGGACGGCCCGGUGCUUAAAAGGAGCCCAAAUACGUCACGUCACUGAUUCAAAGAACGGCGUGUUGGAGGUCUGGAAAUGAUGGAUGCAGACGCAGCGAGCGAUUUCAAGAUGGAAGUCGUGCGGAUCAAAGAGGAGGUGGUGGAUGAGGAGAGUUCAGAGACGUCGUGCCGUGAAGAUGCCGCCGAGGUCGCCGAGCCAGGGCGCGCUGUGGGCGACGAGGGCUUCCCGGAGAUGGAGUGCGUCACGAUCAAGGACGACCUGGGGGGCACCUGUCGCAUUUCUGAAAGAUCCUCGUCGAUUCGUUCCUGCAAUGCAGAUCUGGAAACGGAUCGCUGCCAGUGCCCGCAGUGUAGCCCUUCCUGCCCGGGGCAGAAGACCCUUGGAAAGCACACACUGUCCCAACACGGGGGCCGUGCCGAGGCAGAGGACGGAGCGAUGGGUCUUUCUCUGAGCUUGCCCGUCGUCAGCCCGGCUCUCCCUCCGCCGUCUCCCAGCAAGCCCGGAGAUGGGGAGAGCCUCCUGACGUUCCACCACUGCCCGGAAUGCCAGCGGAGUUUCCCGUGCGCGGACAGCCUGGAAGGGCAGCAGGGGGGCGUGGCCGGCCGCGGGGGUCCGGCAGAGGCGGCGGGGCCCCUCCGCCACUGCGUGAGAGGCGGGAAGACUUUCAGGCACAGGGGAGAGCUGGAGGCUCACCACAGGACGCACACGGGAGGCGCGCCCUAUGCCUGCUCCGUCUGCAGCAGGAGCUUCAGCCAGCUGGGCUCCCUGAAGCUCCACCAGAAGAGCCACUCGGGCGAGCCCCCCCAUCACUGCGGCGGCUGCGGGAAGAGCUUCCGGCAGCUGCGGACCCUGAAGAGGCACCAGCUCCUCCACGCCGAGCCGCGGGCCCCCCACUGCGCGGACUGCGGCCGGGCGUUCGGGCAGCUGCGCGGCCCGCACGAGCACGAGCGCGCCCACGGCGGCGCGACCCUCUACAUCUGCGCGGACUGCGGGAAGAGCUUCCGGCAGUCGGGCAACCUGCAGAGGCACCAGCGGAUCCACACGGGCGAGACGCCUUACCACUGCGCCGACUGCGACAAGAGCUUCAGCCAGCUGGGCUCCCUCAAGCUCCACCAGCGCAGCCACACCGGCGAGACGCCCUACCACUGCAACUUCUGCGAGAAGAGCUUCAGCCAGCUGGAGAACCUCAAGAGGCACCGGCGGACGCACACGGGCGAGACGCCUUACCCUUGCACCGAGUGCGGGAAGAGUUUCAGCCAGCUGGGCAACCUCAAGGCCCAUCUCCGCAUCCACACCGGGGAGACCCCCUUCCAGUGCUCCGAGUGCGGGAAGAGCUUCAAGAACAAGGGCAACCUGAAGGCCCACCAGCGCAUCCACACCGGGGAGACGCCCUUCCACUGCUCGGAGUGCGGGAAGAGUUUCGGCUGGCUGGCCGCCCUCAAGACCCACCAGCGCACCCACACCGGCGAGCGGCCGUACCACUGCGCCAGGUGCGGCAACAGCUUCACCUACUCCUACAAACUCCGCACGCACGCCUGCCAGGUGUGAGCAGAGAGGGACGGAAUGGGGGGGGCGGGGGAGGGGGGUGGUCACAGGUACUUUCUGAAACUGGCCCUGGUCUUGUACUGUAUAUGCUGGACAGUAUGUGGACAUUUACCUGGGUUUUACCAUCUCAUUUAGGAAGAGAGAACCCAGUGUUUGUGAAUCAAAAGGGUGAGGUCAAAGCGAAGUAAAAAAGAAUGUAAAAAUGUGAGAAAUGACUCCACCACGUGCACUUUUCUAGUAUUGCCGAAAGGAAAAGAAAAAAGAAGACUACAUAACUGCUGUUUCACUGGCUUCCAGAGGCCUGUAGGAGCAAUAAUACUCUGAGGCUUCACAGCACUGAAGGUUGGCGUGAGAGAUUUGAGGCUGGAUCCCAGACUGCUCUGGGGGUGACAGAAAGUGUCCCUUUUCUGAUCAUUUGCCCAUUUCCGGGAUGACAACAAGUGCCUCCUACCUGCUGUCCGGAACCUGUCUGCCAAUUCCUUUUUUUCAGCUCUUCGUUUGUAAAAUCCACUUCCACUUUUUUCUUCAGACUCCUGCCUUGACUUGUUGUUUCCCGAAUUUCAUUAGAACCCGGCUUCUCUUCUGCGAACAAGGGUCUGCUCUGCAUCUUUUCAAGAUGAGGGCCGUGAGAUUUUCUGCCGUUUGUGUAAUGUCGGUGUGAGAAUUCCAGGUAGUAUCUAACAACACUGCCCGGUGGCACUUAUUUGAAAUAA